AUGGCCGGAAUUUGUUUACUGGCUUUCAUUGCUGGUUUACUGCUGGAGGGGUACGGACUACAGGCUGAAAUCAGAGAGAAAAACACAGGAGUUGUGUUUGUGUCUCCGCAGGCGGCACACACAGUGCUGCGUCGCCAGCGCAGGUACAACAGUGGUCAUCUUGAAGAAUUUCAAAAAGACAACCUGGAGCGGGAGUGUAAAGAGGAAGUCUGUUCAAUAGAGGAAGCCAGGGAGGUGUUUGAGAAUGAUGAGAAAACUAUGGAAUUCUGGGCCAGCUACAUUGAUGGUGACCAGUGUAAGCCACCCCCAUGCCAAAAUGGAGGCGUGUGUGAAGAUGGAAUCGGUUCAUAUAUUUGCUGGUGCAAACCAAACUUCAGCGGCAAGAACUGUGAGAUCGAAGUGGCCAAGCAGUGUUCAGUCAACAACGGUGAAUGUUCCCAUUUCUGUGCGAUGCAGCAGGAGCAAGCCAUGUGUCAGUGUGCUGCAGGUUACAAACUUGGGACAGACAAGAGGAGCUGUGAACCAAUAGAACAAUUCAGCUGUGGUCUUGUGAACAAGGUCUCCUCCACCUCGGGCACCAGGUCCAUCAUGAACCCACGGUCAUCAAGCACGACACACAGCUCUGAAAGAAAACACAAUUCAAGCGACACCCUGCAGGAUGACUACUACGAUGACGACAAUGUAACACAGCUAUAUGAUUACUACGACUUCCCUGCGAAUGAUUCAGACCAGUUCAAGAUCUCUGCUGGCUCUGCAGUAGACGUGCGUUCAAUGAAGCCGGAUUCCAUCUCCUCUGUUGUCAUGAACAGUGGGGAGACGAAAAAUGUCAGUACAAAGCCCACAGAGAAAGAGCAGCCUUUCUCGGCUUUCUUCCCCACACUCCCCACCAUCACAGAACAAGUAAACACUGACCAGAGGAUUGUCGGAGGCAACGAGGCCAUUCCUGGAGAGAUACCUUGGCAGGUGGCCCUAAUGUCUCCCUUAGCCACUCCUCAAAGAGCGCUGCCUUUCUGUGGAGGAUCGCUGCUCAGUGAAUUAUGGGUCAUCACCGCUGCCCAUUGUCUGAGUGAGGCUAAGAUCGCUGAAAAAGGUUUCUUUGUCAGACUAGGUGAACAUGAUGUGAACCAGAAUGAGGAACCAGAGCGUGACCAUAUGGUGGCAGAGCAGCAUAUCCAUCACAUGUACAAUUACCAGAAGUCGCCAUAUAACCAUGAUAUUGCACUAUUGAAGCUUGCCAAUCCAGUGGAACUUUCCGACCAGCGGCGUCCCAUCUGCCUGGGCCCCAAAGACUUUAUAGAGACCCUACUGAGGGAGUCCAGCAACUCUCUGGUGAGUGGCUGGGGACGGCUAAAGUUCCUGGGCCCUGAGGCUACCAAGCUUCAGAAGUUGGAGGUACCCUAUGUGGAUCGCACCAAGUGUAAACAGAGCAGCCGGGACCACAUCACACGCUUUAUGUUCUGUGCUGGCUUCAAAGAUGAACAGAUGGAUUCAUGCCAGGGGGACAGCGGAGGGCCACAUGCCUCCAAGUACAAAGGCACUUGGUUCCUGACAGGUAUCGUCAGCUGGGGGGAGGAUUGUGCCAAGGACGGGAAGUAUGGAAUCUACACUCGAGUCUCACGGUACUAUGCGUGGAUCAGUCAGAAAACAGGGAUCCGAAUUAACAACUGACAAAUGGAGUCAUGUACUUGUGUAUGAGGAUAACACAGCCGUCAGCCAGCAAAACAUACAGUAGCAUUUGUCUAGUUUGACAACUGAGGAAGCGAAAGUUUUUGUUCUACUGAAUCAAGUGAGAAAUCACUCGUUAAUUCUGAUGCUACAAUAAAAUGUAAUGUCAAAUAUCUGAGUAUUUUAUGUUUCUGUUGAAAUAUUGGAAGAUAUAACCUUGUAGCUAUUCAUCCAUGUUUGA